GAAUAGAAGACGCUGUCCCGACCCCGCGAGGAACGACGGCCAUGGGUCCUUUGGGAGACCUGAAGAGGUUGCAGAUUGGUAUUCUCGAUCGCAUCACUAUCCUGGAACGAGCCUUCAGCACCCACCUCGCGCUCUCCAAUGCUCCGAAUCGCAGCGGCAAUAACAUUGCCGCUAGCGACGGUGAUGCCACGGAGUCCCGCCUUUCGCUCAUUCUCAGGUCCUUGGGCGUCUCUGACUUCACCUUCAGGAAAGUUCCCGUAGAUUACUACGAUAAAACCCUAGAGGAAAGGAAGGAGAUCCUUGGCGCUUUCUCCGUUCAUCACCUCUGCAAAAGCAUAGUAAUGGUUAAUACUCAAGCUCCGGCUAAUGUGAUAGACUGCAAUGACCAUAAGAAUUCUAAGUAUUACAUUGUUGUAGUACAGUAUGUAGCUCGGCUAAAUGCUGAAAACAUCAAGAAUUUUCUUUAUGCACUUAACAACCAGAAGAUACCAAAGAAGAGAUUCAACCUGAGACUUGCACCUGAAGAGGAGUCGCUAAAACUUACUGGGUUUGUGCAUAAUGCAGUUACAUGUGUAGGCAUGAAAACAGGCAUUCCGGUUCUAUUGGAUGAAGCAAUUGCUAAGUUGCAGCCUGAUUUCUUCUGGUUAGGUGGAGGAGAAGUGGAUUUGAAGCUCGGGAUAAGGACUUCUGAAUUUAUAAGUGCCAUCAAACCAUUUUUGGGAAGUGAUCCGUUAUGGCUCCAAGUAAAAACAUUGCCCUGAAAGACCUGCUGAAUCAUGUUUCCUCCGGUUAUGAUUUGAAUGCAUUAAUGACUCCUUGAAACAUUCAAAUUCUUAUGACAUGCAUACAGUUCCAGAUUUCAUUGACUGGCUCAGAAAAUUCUUCCAACAAUUAGGUGAGAGCUUUUAUUAUAAAGUUAGUUCCUUGAAGUUAAUAAAAUGCAUGUGCUGCUAAAUAAGAAUCAGAACAGCCCUUGAACCAAAAAUUCUUAUGGCCAUCCCACAAAAUAGAACAUGCAUUCAAAUACAACCCUUCAUUUAUGAGCAACAAA